AUUAAAUAUGAUCAAGAAAUUCCUACUCAUGCCAAUAAUUAGCUAUGUUGUUUAUUUGUCUAUCCAAAUUCAUAGAAAUGAUUCCCAUGUCAUAUCAAUUUUGAAUAUUGUAGCCAAUAUGACUGGAUUUUAAUCUAUUGAUAAUACAGCUUGGAUCAUUAUCUUAAACGUCAUUGCAUUUUCGAUUCUAUUUGGCAUUUCUUAUAUAAAUUAUGCUUUGACGAUUCUUCAAUUUAUUGUCCUAUUUUUGCAUAUUCAAAUAUUAGAUGAUUUUGAAAUUACAGAAUUGAGUCAAGCGUUUAAAAUAGUAGCAGCUGACAUCGCUAUUAUUGGAAUAUUACUUGCAUCAAUUAAUUAAAAAAAUUAACAAAAAGUUGAAGAUGAAACUCAACCCAAAGAGAAGUAAGAAUGA